AUGGCCGAAUUUCCAUUAUCAGUCUCCCGGCAGCCGCCGGACGAAGUUGAAGCACAAGCCCAAAUCAAUCCCCUAAUUUCACUUCCCGAUGAUGUGCUCUUCAAGAUCUUGUUGAACCUUUGUGCUGAAGACAUUUACAGGGCAGGUCUCGUCUGCCGGAGCCUCUACUACCGCACUAUCCGAUCCGACAAAUUCAUAAAACUCCACCUCCGGCAAAACGAAUACGGCCUCUUCUUCCGAUUUUCUUCAACCCGUAAUGGUCAGCAUUCCUCCCCGCGCCCGAUUUUCGUCUCUAUGAAACAGGGCCGUGUCACGGUAUCCGACUACAACAACUACACUGACAAAUUCAGAUAUAUUUUAAAGAAUAGCUGCAACGGCCUCUUUCCCGACUACAAGUUUUGGGAACCCUUGGCCGAACUCCACUUGUCCAACCCUCUGACGAGACGAGCCUUGCGACUCCCUCCGCCCCCGAAAAAUGCAAUGUCUACGUUUAUUUGCGUGGGGUACGCGGAGGCCUCAAAGGCGUACAAAGUGGUCUUGGCAUACAGUGAUGAUGGGGGAAGGAACGCGCACAUGCGGUGGGCCGUGUUGACCGUGGGCAUCGACAGGUCAUGGAGGAAUCUUGCCACCGAGCAUUUGCGGGAGACUCCGCUCAUCUAUUUCCCGGUGGUGACGGAGGGUUUUCUUCAUUGGACUCCUUGUGGCAACAUUGAUGUCGGAACACUAGUUUAA